UAUCUAUUAAAACCCAGAAAUAAUUAAGCAUCACCUGCAGUUUCACCAUUUGGGUGCUUUCUUCUUCUUCUUCUUCUUGGUGUAGACAUUCACAAGGGAAGAAAAAUAGUUGAGGAAGAUGGAGAACGAGGCUCCUCUGUUAUUACCGGGGAACAGAAGGAAAACGCCGUUGUUACCAUGGGUUGCUUUAAUGGAGGAGCUGAAAAGGGUGAGUUUCAUGUCGGCACCCAUGGUGUUGAUCUCAGUGUUUCAGUAUCUUCUUCAGAUUAUUUCCGUUGUCAUGGCUGGACGACUCGGUGAACUCGCUUUCUCAGGGAUCUCUAUUGCUAAUUCCUUCUCAAACGUUACUGGCUUCUGUAUUCUUUUGGGGAUGUCUGGUGCAUUGGAGACUCUUUGUGGGCAAGCUUAUGGAGCAAGGCAAUAUCAUAAGCUCGGAAAUUUCUUCUACUCUGCUGUGAUUAUUUUCUUUUUCAUUGGCAUUCUUGUUUCUGUUCUUUGGAUAUUUUCAGGCAAAUUACUGAUACUUCUAGGUGAAGAAACCUCAAUCUCUUUAGAAGCUUCCAAGUAUUGCAUUUUUCUUAUACCCUCAAUAUUUAGCUAUGCAAUAUUUCAAUCCCUCCUUCGCUACUUUCUAUCUCAAAAUUUCAUUGCUCCGCCGCUCAUAACCACAUCUGCAGUGCUGUGUUUGUAUAUACCUUUGUGUUGGAUUUUGAUAUAUAAGUUAGAGUUAGGGAUUGGUGGAGGAGCAUUAGCCUAUGGUUUGGCAUUUUGGUUGAAUCUGGCCUUGCUUGGAACUUACAUGAAAUUCUCUUCAUCAUGUGAAAGAAGCCGGAAACUUGUUAAGAAAGAUGUUUUGAUGAGCAUUAAAGAUUUUGUUCGUUUAGGAAUCCCUUCUGCUCUAAUGUCAAGUUUAGAAUGGUGGUCGCCCGAUCUGCUUGUUCUACUAUCUGGGCAUUUACCAAAUCCAGAACUUGAAACCUCAGCUCUUUCUAUAUGUGUGACAACAAUUUCGCUGCACUAUCUUGUAUCAACUGCAUUUGGGUUUGCUGCAAGCAUUCGAGUUUCAAAUGAACUGGGAGCCGGGAAUGAACGGGCAGCUCAAGUAGCUGUUGGUGCUAUAAUGACUCUUGCUGUUACAGAGUCAGUUAUUGUGAGCAUUGUUCUCUUCUUUUUCCGCCAUAACUUGGGAUAUGCUUACACAAACAAUGCGGAAGUUGUGAAUCUUGUCGCGGAGUUAUGUCCCAUAACUUGUUUAUGCAUCGCUGUUCAGGGAAUUCUUGUUAUACUCUCUGGGGUUACUAGAGGUUGCGGAUUGCAGCAUUUAGGUGCUUAUAUAAACUUCGGAGCAUAUUACCUGGUUGGAAUUCCAUUGGCUGGUUUACUAGGCUUCGUUCUUCAUUUUGGAGUAAAAGGCCUUCUGAUUGGAUUGUUUGCCGGAGCUGCAGUAGAAUCCUUUUUGCUUGCUCUCGUUACCGCGCUCACAAAUUGGCACGAACAGGCAAGGAAAGCACAGGAGAGGGCAUUGGAAGGGACAUUGUUGUGAAUUUGAAGGAGCAAAAUGAGUAUUUUCGCUCUUUGGAGUUUUCGGGUUUGUCUCGAAUUUCACUCUCUCCUUAAGUUAUAACACACACAACAUUAAAUUAUAAAUAAUAAAUUUUGAAUAAUUAAGGUUACAAUCU